AACUGGAGAAAGAGAGAGAGGGAGAGAUGGAAGACGAGGAGGAGAAGGUGAAGAAAGCGGCGUUGCAGAUAAUCGGGCAAUUCCAGGACCUGCCUCGCUUGGUUGUCUUCGAUCUCGAUUACACUCUAUGGCCUUUUUACUGUGAGUGCUAUUAUGAAGAUGAUACCCCGUAUCUGUAUCCACACGCUGUAGGCAUAUUAGAAGCGCUGAAGGAAAAGGGAAUUGAGAUGGCUAUUGCUUCUAGAUCGCCUACUUCGCAGAUUGCCAAAGCAUUUCUGACUCAAUUGGGAAUCAACUCCAUGUUUGUGGCCCAGGAAAUUUUCUCCAGCUGGACUAACAAAACUGAGCAUUUUCAGAGGAUCCAUAGGAGGACUGGAUUGCCUUUUAGUUCAAUGCUUUUCUUUGAUGAUGAGGAUAGGAACAUUGAAGCUACAUCAAAAUUUGGUGUAACUAGCAUCUUGGUUGGUAAUGGGGUAAAUCUUGGAGCGUUGAGGCAAGGACUAUCAGAAUUUUCCCACAAGUCUGAUUCUUCUAGCAGGAGCAUGAAGAAUUGAACUUUUUGUUAGUUAUAUAAAUAUCAUCUCAUAGUUUUCAAAUCAGGCUGAUUUGUGAAGGAGAUGGUGUUGCUGUGAUGUUUAGAAAUUUACAAGCAAAUUUUAUGUUGCAAGUGUACCACAUUAUUCAUUGAUGAUCAAAUUUUCUUACAAUGUUUAAGGGAAUGUUUGUUUGAGCA